UAAACGAACGCUCUCUCUCGAGUUCAGCGCAAGUUAUUUAGCCGUUCAGAUUAAUUUGAAAGUAUUAACAUCGUUAAAGUCAAUCGCCCUCCCCCCAGGAGGGCGGGGCUUGUGGGAAUCGCGCGCAGGUCUCGUGUACUGCACCGUGUAGCGUGUUUUGCGUGACCGACGCUACGCAGGCAGAACGCGGCGAGACGCUGCGGAACGCUGUUUUAAACGCUUUAUAUCCGACGAGGACUGCAGACCGAGCGCGCUUUCGUCGUCUCUGGGGAUCCCCGGUUCCCGGAUGAAGUCACGGUCAUCGCGACACACGCACGCUCACACGGAGGAACAGGAUGAGCACGAGGCUGAAGGAUGAAGCUCACAUGAGAGCCAUGGCCAGGUUUAAAAACAAAAGGAUGGAGAAGUCCAAGCCGGAGUCUGAGAGGGACUCGGGUUUCUCCGACGCCGGCUCGGAGCACCUGAGUGGAUCUCUGGACCAGACGGACACAGACGAAGCCUCGCGGUCGUCGCUGAUGAUGGGCGGAGCUCUGCAGGGCCUCUCGCCGAUGAUCUUCAUGAACAAUGUGGUUCUGAAGCAGUCUGGUGAAAGCCCUUCGUCUCUGAAGCCCUGGGCCUUCAGUCCGGCGGUGGAGGUGGUUCCUCAGCCUCAGGUGGUCUUCCUUCAACCCGUCGUCCCUCAGAGAUCCGGCCCCGUGCCGAAGGGGCCCCUGUCUAAACGCCGUCGGCACAGAAAGUACCUCCCUAUCCUCAAAUCCUACCCCAGAAUCGCUCCUCAUCCCGGAGACGCCGCGCAGAAGAGCAGCAGUUCCAGCUCCUCUUCCUCCGUCAAGAGCUCGUCUUCCUCUCGCGGUCAGAAAGACUCGUUCCCCGCCGCUGCCCCGGUCCCCGCCGAGUCCCCGGCGGCCGAGCACGGAUCCCAGCCCACAGACGACUCGCUGCCGGCCUUCAGCGUCGAUACGGACAACAAGGUCAAGCGCUUCUGCAACACGUACAACAUCCUCAGCCGGUCCGGCCUGCUGGACAUCACGCUGCGCACGAAAGAGCUGAUCCGGCAGAACCGCCGCACGCAGACGGAGCUGGACCGCCUGCGCCAGCACACCGGCCUGUUCCUGGAGGCGCUGCGGAGCGGAGACUCGGAGGUCUGGAGCAAGCUGCAGGCGAGCAUGAAGGAGGAGGACAAAGGGAAAGACAGGACGCCGAGCGGCGGAGAGCCCCUGAAGUGAGACGCUUCGUAAAGACUUCUGACUCUGUCUUCAGGUCAAAACUAUGAGACCCUGGAGCUCAAACCCAGUCAUGAGGGGUCAAAGAACUCCCUUUCCGCUGAUGCAUGCUGGGAACAGGAGAAAAUCACAUUAUUAGGAAAUUGCCUCAAAAAAUGAAGUUUUGGUAUGUUUACAAAAUAUCUACCUAUUAAAAGAAAAAAUCUAUAA